GCCGAACUCGGCCGCUUCUUUCUUCUUCCUCAUCCAUCAAAACAAGGCGGUUUCAUCCUCUUGUUCAACCCUUAUCACUCUCUGUCUUACUAAAUAACACCACUAUGAUUCUCAGGAGUAAGACACUUGCCGCUGGUCCAGCGCUGGUCGCUAUAGCUUAUGCGUCGCAACCUGGAGCUAUCGCGCCUAUCCCGGGUCCCAUGAGAGACCUCACUUGGGGUCAGAUCAACUUUAUUCACACAACUGAUACUCAUGGCUGGAUUGGCGGUCACUUUCAGGAGCCCCAAUACUCUGCCGACUGGGGAGAUUACAUCUCUUUCACCAAACAUAUGCGCAAGCAAGCCGAUGAACAAGGGAGCGACCUUCUAGUCAUCGAUACCGGCGAUCGCAUCGAAGGCAAUGGCUUGUACGAUGCAUCAACCCCCAAGGGCCUUUUCCAGUACGAUAUCUACGCCGAAGCCGACGUCGACAUCCUCUGCACCGGCAAUCACGAACUUUACAAGGCCUACUCGGCUGAUAUGGAACACAACACCACUGUUCCCAACUACAAGGGGAAAUACCUUGCUUCCAACCUCGACUACAUCGAUUUCAAGACAGGCGAUCGUGUUCCCCAAGCUCCGCGCUACAAGAAGUUCAAGACAAAGAACCAGGGUCUCGAAAUUGUUGCUUUUGGCUUCCUUUUCGACUUUACAGGAAAUGCCAAUAACACCGUUGUUCAGCCUGUGGAAGAUACCAUCAAGGAGGAUUGGUUCCAAGAGGCUAUUCGAGAGAAGCCGGAUCUCUUUGUUGUCAUUGGUCAUGUCGGUCUUCGCAUGGAGGAGUUCAAGACCAUCUAUACCGCCAUUCGAAAACAGAACUGGCAUAUCCCCAUUGCCUUCUUCGGCGGUCACGCACACGUUCGUGAUGCUGUCCAGUAUGACUCAAAGGCUUUCGCGAUAGCCAGUGGUAGAUACUUUGAGACAAUCGGAUGGAUGUCAAUCGAUGGGAUCAGCAAGGGCAGUACCAUGGAGGUCGAGGCCGCUGCUUCUCCCACCUUUACUCGACGAUACAUUGACAACAACCUCUACGGACUGCAGUACCAUACCGGCCUGAAUGACUCGACUUUCCCCACUGCAGAUGGCAAGAGAGUCACUCAAAUGAUCACUCGUGCUCGCAAGGCACUUCAGCUUGAUUACAAGUUUGGGUGUGCGCCAAAGACACUUUGGAUGACGCGAACCAAGCACACCGAUGAGGAUAGCAUUUAUUAUUGGAUCUCCAACCAGCUUUUGCCUGAUAUCAUCACUCGUAAGGAUCGCAAGGACAAGCCUCGGCUAGCCAUCUUCAACACUGGUGGUAUUCGAUUCGAUAUCUUCAAGGGCGGUUUCACGCGGGAUAGCACAUAUGCUGUGAGCCCCUUUACCAGUGGUUUCAGCUACAUUCCGGGCGUUCCGUACAAGGCUGCUUCCAAAGUUAUCGACCUCUUGAACAGCGCCGGAAGGAUCUUUGCAGAGAACGGUGCGGAUGUCAAAUACAUGGCUAUGCCUGAACAGGCAUUCCCGGCUCCAGCCAUGAAGGCUAUGUUUGAGGCUAAUAAGGAGGAUGAGGACGAGAAGCGUCUUGAGCUCAGGAGUUUCCUUGACAAGCCUGACCUGACCUCCGGAUAUACUACCAAAGAUGACAUUGGUACUGAUGGCGAUGAUACCGUCCACGAGCCUGUCAAGUUCUAUGAACAGCCCAAUUGUGUCCAGGCUGAGAUCAAUAUGCCUGAGAAGGGUGAUCCUGAGACUGUUGACUUUGUCUUCCUUGACUUCAUUCAGCCUUGGAUCAUCCCUGCCCUGAAGUUUGCUGGCGCGGGUGAUUACAGUGAUGCCGAUGUUCAGCGAUACAUUGAUGGUACUUUUACCUACCAUAUGGCGCAGUGGAUUAGCAAGAACUGGCAGGGAGACUGCUAGUUGUUUGCGUAUGUAGAUGGAACUGGGAUGCCCCAUGGAGUUAUUGACAUUUGGGAUAGCAUGGUUAGAGUAUAUUGGUCAUCAUUAGUAUUAGAUUGAAUAUAGUCAUAUACACCACCCUCUCGUUCCAACCCCAAUUGUAUCAGGGGGAGGCAAGAAAACUUAGGGUCUCUUGUCUAAAUAAUAAAAAUACUUAGGUAAACUUAAUAUAGACUUGAUAGACCCUUAGACUACUUAUUUUUGGCACUUAACUUAAAGGUUAGAAGUUUUCUUGCUUCCUGAGGCAUAUGAGACCACUGUUAUGGAUAUUAUCGGUGUGGCAUCAGUCAGAUAAAGAUAAUUCAGGUCAUAUCAAGUAACAGUGGCGUU